ACUUGCCCAACUUUUGAUCAAAACAUUGAAGAGUUCCACAGCUGUUACUUCCGGUUUGGUACGAAAAUGUCGCUUAUGUCUGGCGACGAAGCUAAAGAAGAAAUCGAGGAGCAUCAGGUUGUUCAGGGAGUAGUUGAGGGAUAUGAAGCGGAGGGAGAGGAAGUGAACACUGAGUUGGACAAGUACUGGAAGGCAGUGAGGGACAACCCAGGGGACUUCACCGGCUGGACUUACCUCCUACAGUAUGUGGAGCAGGAGAAGAAACUAGAUCAAGCCAGAAAAGCUUAUGAUGCUUUCUUUGAGCAUUAUCCAUACUGCUAUGGCUACUGGAAGAAGUAUGCUGAUAUGGAAAAGAAACAAUCUGGAGCAGAGAAGGCUUUGGAGGUGUUUGAAAGAGGAACAAAAGCCAUUUCCUUGAGUGUGGAGCUCUGGUUGCAUUAUAUAACAUUUUACACAGAGGAGUUUGGAAAAUUAGAAAAUGGGGAGGAAGGAAUUCGUGGUGUCUUUGAGAAGGCUGUCAAUGCUUGCGGUAAAGAUUUCCGUUCUGACAAACUUUGGGACACAUACAUUUCUUGGGAGGAAAACCUCAUUAAGAAGACAGCUCUAUAUGACCGAAUAUUACAAAUUCCCACUCAACUGUAUAGUCAUCAUUUUGAAAAUUUCAAACACCAUGUUCUUUCCCAUCAUCCCAAAGAAAUCCUUACCCUGGACAACUUCCUACAGCUUCGUAAGGAGGUUGUGGUUGGGACAUCAGAGUUGAAUCCAGAGGGAGAAGGUGUGGGAGAUGAUGGCCCCCCAGGAGAAGUCGGACCGCCAGGGGAAGAUGCCCCACCUGGAAUGGAAAUAGAGGGAGAAAAAAGUGAUGAUGAUGAGGCUGGAAAACUCCGAGACAGAAUCAUCAGUGUUAGGGAAGAGAUCUUUAAAAAAACGGAGGAUGAAGUCAGUAAAAGGUGGAACUUUGAAGAAGCUAUCAAGCGGCCAUAUUUUCAUGUGAAACCACUGGAGAAAUCCCAGCUGAAGAACUGGAAGGACUACCUGGAUUUUGAGAUAGAGGCUGGGGACCAUGAGAGGGUGGUGAUUUUGUUUGAGCGGUGUAUGAUUGCCACAGCUCUGUAUGAGGACUUCUGGCUCAAGUAUGCCAAAUAUAUGGAGGACCAUAGCGUUGAGGCUGUUCGUUUAGUGUACAUGAGAGCUUGCAGGAUCCAUCUUCCAAAGAAACCGUACAUAAGUUUAGCAUGGGCAGCUUUUGAGGAAAGACAUGGAAACUAUGACCUAGCGUCACAGAUCCUGUCGGAACUGGAUAAGAAUGUCCCUGGGUUGGUGAUGGUGAAUAUGAGAAAGAUCAGCUUAGAGCGGCGGAAGGGGAACACAGCGAUGGCCGAGACUCUGUUCCAGGAGUACAUCAACGGCGCCUCCCAGCCAGAAAUCUCCUCCUUCUUCUCCAUCAAGUUCGCCCGGUAUCUCCUAAAGAUAAUUGGAGAUACAGAACGGGCACGGGCCACUCUUCAGUCUGCUGUUGAAAAAGAUAGGGGUAACAUAAAGCUCUACCUGCAGCUGUUAGAUCUGGAAUACCAGUGUCGACCAAUCAGUGAGGAGAAUGUCAUCAAAAUCUUUGCCUCCAUUUUGGACUGCGAGAACUUUCCUCUGGAAACAAAGGCCAAGAUGUCUCAACGCAAGCUGGAGUUUUUGGAGGACUUCUGUGCUAGUAUCACAACAUUGAAGGAAUCCUAUGAUGAACAUCAGAAGUUGAUGAAGGAUCUCCACAAUGAGAGGAAGAAGAGGCCCAGUGAUGCUGUAUCUAGUGAAGAACCUGCCGAAAAACGGCCCAAAGUAGAAGCCACACAGAACGGAUCGGGUGAUCAGAGUCAAAUGACAGGAACCGUGGACCCAUACUAUGGUCACUGGGGGUCCUACGCAAACAGUGGCUACUCCUACCCUCCCCAGCAGUGGGGCUAUGGACAGCACUACUACCCCUCAUGAAAGCAGCUAGCUACUGGGCGUACUCAUCACUCAUCAUUGCUCAUCAGAUUCUCAUGAUUAAAUUGUGAUUUAUGUCCAAUAUGUGCGUCAGGAAAUAGACUCUUAUGAAGAAGACAGGAAUUGUGAUUUGUAGAUGUAUGACAUUCUAUUUUGUUGUGUUGAUGAACUUGUAUUUUAAGCCUGCAUCAUGGUUUUUAUGAAAUAAAAUGUUCUCCUAAUGCAGAGAGAUUCACAAAUAAAAUUGUUUUGAUUAUA